GGACACGUGUCGUCGUUGUAAAAAGAAGAAGAAGAAGAAAAAGACGCCUAAGAGGAUUGAAAAAGGUUGGCUUAGAACCUCAGGGAAGAUUGCGACUAAUAAUAGCAUGUCGAAUGCACGAAUAGCAAGUUUCCAUGGGAAGUCUAGUGGUGAAGUAUAUAAGCUAACAAAGGCUAAUAAAGACAAGAAAGACCAGCAUGAAAAAGAAUUUGAAGAAAAAGACUUAAUAAACGGACAUAAAUUGAAGGCUACGAGAAAUUUUUACAGACACUGUAUGAACAGUUCGUGCAAAAAUAUAAUUUGGGGAAUAAGAAAAGGAUUUAGAUGCGAAGUAUGCACGCGGGCAGUGCAUAAGGACUGCUUGGACUUGUUCAAGAUACCAUGGUGUGAAAAAAAAGAGGUUAAAGAAGAAGAAAGAGCCCUACAAAACAAUGUAAUCGAGAAAAAUGAAGAAAUUUUAAAAUGUAAUACAUUUUUAUCGUGCACAUAUCUUGAGGAAGAAGAGACGAAAAAUAUUAUAACUAAAUUUAAGAAACACUGGGACCAAUCCAAAUAUAAAAAUACCAAAAAAGUAUCAAAAAUGAUAAAAACAUCUUCAAAAGGUGAUCAGACAGACAAAUCGGGCGUUCUUGGUAGAGGCGGUUUCGGUAAAGUGAUGUUAGCCGAACUGAAGAGUAAUCCCGAUGAGAUUUACAGCGUAAAAAUCUUAAAAAAGAGUGAAAUCAGAGACAAAGAAGAUGUAGAUUAUAUUAUGAUGGAAAAGGACGUUUUAAUCCUUGCAACAGAACAUUCUUUUUUAAUGCAAUUAUACUAUUCGUUCACUACCGACACUCAUAUUUAUUUUGUGAUCGAAUACAUGAGUGGAGGUGACUUGCAACACUACUUCGAUUUGGUUUCUCCAUAUCCGCUCGGAGAGCAGUGGGCACGUUUCUACGCAGCAGAAGUGACACUCGCGCUUCAGUUUCUGCAUAAACAUCACAUUAUACACCGUGAUUUAAAACUGGACAACAUAUUACUUGAUGCCCACGGCCAUUGCAGGCUUGCAGACUUC